AUGCCUCUUCACCAGUUUGAUUACAUCUUUGCCAUUGGCACCAUCUUUGCGUUCCUCGACGCGUGGAACAUUGGUGCCAACGAUGUCGCCAACUCCUGGGCCACAUCGGUCUCGUCCCGAUCCAUCACCUACCUCCAGGCCAUGAGCUUGGGUUCCAUUCUCGAGUUUGCUGGAGCAAUUGGUGUUGGUCAACGUGUCGCAGAUACCAUUCGUACCAAGGUCGUCAAGCUUGACUUUUACGAGGAGAACCCUACAGUGCUCAUGCUCGGCAUGGCUUGCGCUAUUGUUGCCUCGUCGCUCUACCUUACAGUCUGCACAAAAAUUGGUCUACCCGUUUCCACCACCCAUUCGAUCAUGGGCGGCGUCAUCGGUAUGGGUGUAGCAACAGUUGGAGCCAACAACGUUAUCUGGUACGACGCCAAGGGCGGAAUCAAUGGUGGUGUCGUUUCCGUCUUCCUGGCCUGGAUCAUCGCACCUGGUCUUGCCGGCGCUUUCGGUGCCAUCAUCUUCACCAUUACGAAAUAUCUGGUCAUGCUUCGCGAAAACCCCGUCCUCUGGGGUCUGAUGACGGUUCCCUUCUACUUUGGCAUGACCGCGGCGCUGCUCACCAUGCUUAUCUGCUGGAAGGGAGGUUCUAUCGACCUGGACGACUGGAGUGAUGGCCAACUCGCCGGCCUGAUCGUUGGUGUCGGUGCUGGCUGGGGUCUUCUGAUGGCCAUCUUCCUCGUCCCAUGGCUGUACCGCCUGGUGGCCAAGAACGACUGGGAGCUGCGUUGGUACCACAUCUUCCAGGGCCCACUCCUGUUCAGGCGCCCCGAGCCCCCUGUUCAACCUGAGGGUGCUUCCGGCGGUAUCCGUAACUUUUACGAGGGACACUUGACCAAGGAAGAUCUCGAAGCCCGCCGCGCUGCCGAGCAGCAAGACGUUGAGACCGGAGUGGUUGGCGCCACGAACGGUAGCGAGGUCACCGGCGAAAAGACGACGGAAGAAGACCCGUCCAAGAAGAUUGCCCACACCGAUUCUGACUCUGGAUCUCAAAACAACAACGCAGCUGCGACCAACUCGGGUGUUCGCACCGGUGCACAGGGCACUUACACCCACAAGCCGCUUGUCGGACCUAGGCCUGAGGGCAAGUGGCACUCGGGACCCGUAAUGUACUGGUUCCUCAAGAAGAUCUUCCUCAGCGGUGUGGACCAAGACAUUAUCAACAUGCAGAAGAAGGAGAGCAUCCUCACGGGCGACCUGGAGAAGAUUCACGCCGGCGUGCCGCACUACGACAACAGGGCCGAGUACCUCUACUCGUUCAUGCAAGUCAUGACUGCCUGUACCGCCUCUUUCACCCACGGUGCGAAUGAUGUCGCCAACGCCAUCGGUCCCUACGCCACCAUCUACAACAUCUGGAAUUCUGGUGCCAUCUCGGGCAGCAAGUCGGACGUCCCGUUCUGGAUUCUCGCAUUUGGUGGUGCUGGUAUUGCUCUUGGUAUCUGGACAUACGGAUACAACAUCAUGAGGAACCUGGGUAACCGCAUCACGCUGCACUCGCCAUCCCGCGGUUUCUCUAUGGAGUUGGGCGCUGCUGUCACCAUCAUUCUGGCCACUCGUCUCAAGCUCCCUGUGUCUACCACUCAGUGCAUCACUGGCGCCACCGUUGGUGUCGGUCUCUGCUCUGGCACUUGGCGUACUAUCAACUGGCGCAUGGUUGCCUGGAUCUACAUGGGCUGGUUCAUCACCCUACCCGUGGCUGGUAUCCUCUCUGGCUGCCUCGUCGGCGUGAUCAUCAACGCUCCUCGCUGGGGCUACUCCGGCUGA